CAUGGUGUAAUGCGAAGUGCCUCAACAAGUAAACACAAGAAGAUAUUUUUCGCAAUUGUGGCUGGUGGCAAAAGGAGCAAUAACAUGCUCACUCUCGACGUUUGCCAACCCAUAAUGCGAUGUCCUCACAAUUGAAAAUCCGUAUCCUGUACCGAGACGAGGUCUGGCCCAUCGACGUACGCGGUAGCGAUACUCUAGGAACCCUAAAAAACCGCAUUUACGAAAAAUGGAAUAACGUGGAACCCGAUCAACAGAAGCUCUAUCUCAACGUCUCAGCUGAAGACCGUCGCCAAAUGGCCAAGCCAGGGUGCGCUAGUGCCGUUAUAGCUGAGAAGGAGUUGAGGGGCAAUUCUACUACGUUGAAUUAAGAGUAGGUUAAAGGUGCUUGUUUUCUUACCGCUUUUUAUGCCUCUCCUAAGGGAGAAAGGCAUAAAAAGCGGGGUAAGCGAGCACCAAAAGCCUACCUCUAAUUGAAGGAGUUGCUUCAAGGAGCGGCGUCGAGUGCGAAUAACGAGAUUCUGGUGAGGAAACGAUUCUAG